AUGGGGAUUGUGAGAGGUAAAGUGCUGGCCCAUUGCGCUCUGGUUCUGCUGAGUCUGUGGCUGUGCACCCAUUCACUGCCCAUUGGUGUGGACACAAGCAAUGAGAACACAGAGGAUAAACUGGAUGCCCCACAAAGUGUUAACACUGGGCUGCACUAUGACCGCUACCUCAGGGAGGUCAUCGAAUACCUGGAGAAAGACCCCCACUUUCGGGAGAAGUUAGAAAACGCCAACAUGGAGGACAUCAAACAAGGUAAACUUGCCAAAGAGCUGGACUUUGUCCACAAUAACCUACGCACCAAGCUGGAUGAGCUUAAGCGGGAGGAGAUGAACAGGCUACGGAUACUCAUCAAGGCCAAACACGACCUCCAGGCAGGGGACGGCUGGAAAGUUGACCACCUGGCCUUGCUCAAACAAUUUGAGCACCUCAACCAAGACAAUCCACAUUCGUUUGAGCCGGAAGACCUGGACCGCCUCAUCAAAUCUGCCACAAAGGACCUGGAACACUUCGACAAAGAGCGCCAUGAUGAGUUCAAGCGCUACGAGAUGAUGAAGGAGCACGAGAGGCGGGAGAAGCUGAAGGCCAUGACAGAGGAGGAACGCAAAAAAGAGGAGCAGCACCACGAGGAGAUGAAAAAGAAGCACGCUGAGCAUGCCAAAGUCAACCACCCGGGAAGUGAGGAUCAGCUGAAGGAGGUGUGGCAGGAGUCCGACGGUCUUGACCCGAAUGACUUUGAUCCGAAGACCUUCUUCAAAAUGCACGACAACAACGGUGAUGGUUUCUUUGAUGAGAAUGAGCUUGAAGCCCUCUUCACGAAAGAGCUUGAGAAAGUCUACAACUCCAAGAACGAGGAAGACGACGACAUGGUCGCGAUGGAGGAGGAGAGGCUACGCAUGAGAGAGCAUGUCAUGGCUGAGGUGGACACCAACAAAGACAGACUGGUGUCACUCGCCGAGUUCAUGGCGGCCACGAAGAAGCAAGAGUUCCAACAAAAGGAGGAGUGGGAGACAUUAGAGCAGAAAAACUUCUUCACUGAGGAGGAGCUCGCAGCAUAUGAGCAGCAGCUGGCCAAAGAGGGCAAGAUGAUCCUGGAUCAGGCAGUGGAGCUGCAGAAGCAGAGGGAGGAGCUCCAAAAGAAGCAGGAGGAGCUCAACGCUCAGAAGCAGGGCCUUCAGCAGGCUGUUGAUGAACUGCAAAGAAAAAAAGCCCUAUCCCAGUCCAACGUUAAAGAGUCUGAAGCAAUGGGAGUUGGAAGUGAACCGGUGCUAAAUGUGCAGCCCACACAAACGCCCUCUGUGCUCUGA